AAUAAUCUAAUAAUAUAUACUUAUCAGUUAGUUCCCUUUGUCUUAUCUUGUUUGAUUGUUUUCUCUAAAUCCCCCUUGUAGAAUCUCUUCGCACACUAUUUUUUGGCCCUAAUUCUAAAAUUUGCACUAAAUUAUGGGUCUUGUUUUUAAAAAAUUCCCCUUCUUCUCUCUCUUCUUUUUCUUCUUCAUUCUUGCUGAUUGUGAUUCGAGAACAACCCCACCUUCAAAUAAUGAUUCAUUCUCUUCACCUCCAUUCAUUUUUGAUCAACAAAAUCAAAGAGCGAAUUUCUCACCUUUUAGACCGAGUGUUGCUGUGAUAGUUGGCGUUUUAACGACCGUGUUCUCUAUUACCUUUCUCUUACUUCUUUACGCUAAACACUGCAAGGGCGGAAAUGGUGUCGCUUAUAGUAACCACACUGGCCCCGUCCUGCCGUCAUUAACUGCCGGAAGAAACUCUGGAAUAGACCGGACCGUGAUUGAGUCGCUGCCUAUAUUCAGAUUCGCCUCCCUCAGAGGUCAAAAAGAUGGUCUAGAAUGCGCUGUCUGUUUAACGAGAUUUGAACUCACUGAGGUUCUAAAACUCCUUCCCAAAUGUAAGCAUGCUUUUCAUGUUGAAUGUGUCGAUACCUGGCUCGACUCACACUCAACCUGCCCUCUGUGCCGAUACCGAGUUGACCCAGAAGAUAUUCUUCUCAUAGAAGAAAACCAAACUCUACCACUACCACAAGAAAAUACAAGAAACAGAAGUGAGUCAGAGCCUGAGUUCAAACGAGUUUCCGGUAGACACUCAUCAGCCGGCGAACGCCAAAUUGGUUUACCAGGUCAUCAAUUUAACGACAUGACGGCGGCUCUUAGAAAGUCUCUUGAUAGCGCUGUAGCCGUUGGAUGCUUUGACCAUCGAAGAAAAGACGGUUUGUUGUUAGGCGACGGUUUGAUGGCGGAUAGGAAAAGCUUUGAGCGGAGAUUUGAGCACCGGAUCAGCAUUGUCUCAGGUGGUGGUGGUGGGUUCCACCAAAGGUGGAGUGACGUACAGCCGUCAGAUCUAUUAUAUCUACGGUCAGAAAAGAUAAUAAGCGACAGCCGUAGAUUAUCUUUGAGAUCAACAAGGCCUGCGAUACGUAGGCUGCAGGAGCAUGUGCGCAUUGAUGGUGGAGUUCGGAGUGGCAACAGUGUAAUAAAUGCAAGAAGCGUGUCUGAAAUCACGGGGUUAAGCAGGUUUUCCAACGGUGGGAGUUAUGGCGUUAUCAGGAGUAAUAGACAGCGACAAGCACAGGCGGGACUUGUCUCGAGAUGGUUGGCUUGGAUUUCUUCUCGGUCGCUGACACAAACAGCUGUACGGUCGGAUCACAGUAAUAGCAUCACCAUUGUGUAGUUACAAAACGACAAGACAAAACCAAAACAUUUUAUUUUAUUUCAAAAUUCUUUAAAAGAAGAAAAAGGGAAUUAUUAUUUUAGAAGAUGGAGGCAGAGAAGAGAGGGACAGCUGCAACGGGAGGAAUGAUAUUCCGGACAGCCACUGGUAUCAAGGAAGCACAUGUCUCGAAGAGGGGUGGCGUAUAUUUUUCCCUUUUUUUUUUUAAUUUUUAAAUCUAUAUUUUAACUCCUCAGUUGUAACUUCUCUUCAGGGAUUUGGAGCUGCUCGAAGGAAAUUUUGAAUAAAAUAAUAUUCGGAAUAGCGAAUUCGGAAAAGGAUAUUAGGAAACAAACAUCCGAAUUUUGUAUUAGUCUAUUUAGUUGUCUAAUCUAAUUUGUUAAUUGUAUGUUGGCAUCUACGGUAGUCCGAUCUUUGGAUGGAUCAAUACACUAGAAUUCAAUGGUGGUUGA